GACCAGCUGUCUAGUUGGCCGCCUGCCUCCUGUCUUUCCAGGCGCAGCCCUCCCGCUCCCCUCUCGCCUCUCUUAACUGCUGCUGCUGCUUCCCCUUCAGUGCCCUCCUGGUGCUCCAAGACUUUCAUGUACACAUCGCACCUACCUCUUGACAAGAAGCAGCUGCAUCCAGAAGCAGCUCUCUCUGCCCCGCUCUGUCUCCUCCAGCCCGCCCCCGGCCGGCCUGCUUCCAUUACCUCAGCACCCAAGAGCCGCAUUGUUUCCCUCACUGCCAAGGGCCGCUAUGAUCUUGCUGUGUGUCUUCACCGUGCAAGCGCUGCAGUUUGCUGGAGCCGUUGAACUCUCUGCUGGCUCUUGUGCCUUUGAAGACAGCCCUUGUGGCUAUGAAUCAGAAUUCACAUCUCUGCCAUGGAUUUUGAAUGAAGAAGGUCACUACAUUUCUGUGGAUACUUCCCAGGGAACAAAUGGUGAUACUGCUGUAUUGCUCAGCCCUGAGCUAUAUUCUGAAGAAUGGACCUGUAUCAGACUUAUAUAUCAGAUUGCAACGUCUUCAGAGUUGCUGAUAGAUCCUACUGCCUUAAACCUGUAUCUAAGGGUAGAAGGUGAAAGCUUUGAUCACUUGCUUUGGAGAACCACAGAGCGCUCAGAGAGCUGGCUUAUAGCCAGCCUAGAUAUAAGAAAUAGUACAAACAAAUACAAGAUCAUACUAGAAGGAGUAAUAGGAAGAGAUAUUUUUGCCAGCAUUGCAAUUUUUGAAAUUAAAAUAACUACUGGCUACUGUAUAGAAUGUAAUUUUGAAGAAAAUCAUCUGUGUGGCUAUAUGAACCGCUGGAACCCCAAUGUGAACUGGUUUGUUGGUGGAGGCAACAUUGGAAAUGCACAAUCUAUUCUUCCGAGAGAUCAUACUCUUAAUGAUGAAUUUGGUCAUUAUAUGUAUGUGGACUCUCUCUAUGUCAAGCAUUUCCAGGAAGUGGCUCAGCUGGUCUCACCUCGGACAACAGCUCCUAUGUCAGGCUGUUUAUCCUUUUAUUACCAAAUACAGCAGGAAAGUGGCAUUCUUUUUACGGCCUACAUGAGAGACAUACAUGGGUUUUAUGAAGAGCUUUGGAAAGCAGAUAGUUCUGUGAGUACAGACUGGGUUUUAGGAGAAGUUGACUUCAGUGCACCAUACCCAAUGGAGGUUAUUUUUGAAGUUGCUUUCAAUAGCGCCAAAGGAGGGUAUAUUGCACUUGAUGACAUUUCUUUCUCUCCAGUUUUCUGCAGCAACACGACAGAGAUUUUAUUCAGUCCUACAGAGGCAAGUUGCAGUUUUGAGGAGGAUCUGUGCAAUUUUUAUCAGGAUUAUAAGGAUGGUCCUGGCUGGAGUAGGGUGAAAGUAAAGCCUAAUGCAUACAGGCCGGGAGACCAUACUACUGGCAUGGGUUAUUAUUUGCUGGCAAACACAAAGUUUACAUCACAGCCUGGGUACAUUGGCCGUUUAUACAGCUCCACUCUGCCAGGAAAUUUGCAGUAUUGUCUGCGGUUUUAUUAUGCUUUAUACGGCUUUUUCAAAAUGAGUGACGCCCUGGCUGUUUACAUCUUUGAAGAGAAUCAUGUGGUUCAAGAGAAAAUCUGGUCUGUCUUGGAAAUUCCCAGAGGAGUCUGGACUCAAGCUGAAAUCACCUUCAAAAAACCCAUGCCUUGCAAGGUGGUGUUUGUGAGCUGGUGUAAAAGCUUUUGGGAUUGUGGACUAGUGGCACUGGAUGAUGUCUCAGUGAGCUUAGGGAGCUGUCAAGCUGCUGACAAAUUGCCUGCUUUUUCUGGGGAAUGUACUUUUGAACGAAAUGAGUGUGGAUUUACGCAGCUAAAAAGAAAUCGGAGCGGUUGGCAUAGGGGAAGAGGUCAGACGCCUACAUCUUACACAGGACCAAAAGGAGACCACACUACUGGGGUAGGGCAUUACAUGUAUAUAGAGGCAUCUCACAUGGUCUAUGGACAGAAGGCACGGCUUAUUUCAAGAUUACUGCGACGGACUUUUGGACACCAAUGUCUUAUGUUUUUUUAUCACAUGCAUGGAGCUGGGACAGGGAUAUUAAAUGUUUAUGUGAAAAAGCAUGGUGAUAAGGAUGAGACCCUUCUCUGGAGAAGAAGAGGUGAACAAAGCAUCACAUGGUUAAGAGGACUACUCGAAUACACAUGUGAUAAAUCACAUCAGAUUAUAUUUGAAGCAAUUCGUGGUGUGUCAAUAAGGAGUGACAUUGCUAUAGAUGAUAUUUUGUUUCAGACAGGACCUUGUAAAGAAAUUGGAGAAACAACACUACAGUCUUCUGGCUAUUCUGCUGAUUUUAAUGAAAUUGAAUAUUGAGUUCUCUGUGCAGAAGCAGAUGAAGCACCACAUUGUUUUUCUACAGUAAGAACUGCACAGCCUUCUCUCCCCCCCGCCUCCGUUUUUAAAGUGAUCCAUCCUGGACUAUUUUGUUGAGGACACAAAGGCACAGGGAGAAUUCAGCAAGGACUCAAUCCUGGCCUUGGCAAUAAAAUUACUGACUCAGGGCUUCCCUUGUUUUGUGUUUAUUGCAUUUUAUGUUGCAUGUGACAUCGGGUUAUCAAGAGUUAUUCAUUUUGCGGAGUGUGCAGGAAGACUUAGGUUCUUUUUUUGAGAAAUUUUUGGGCACAUAACUGCAGAGCAAAAUUGACACAUUCUGUCAUGGUGUUAACUAAACCUGCAUUCAGUGAAUGUCUUGUGCAAAUGACAACUUUGAGCAUUUUUGAAAUAAUGAAGAAAAUAGUAUUGAAUAGUGGUGAUAUUUUGUAGUCUGAAUGCAAUUAUUUCAUUGUUCAGGAAAACAAAUCCCCUUGGGGGAAAAAAGAAGUCUUUGUUUAUAACUUGUUAAAUGUUCCAUAUAAAUGAAUUUUUCACUAUUCCUUGCCAAAGCAAUUAUCAUAAUGAAUCAAUUUGUCAUCCCUGUGACUAAUAGAUGAGCCUCUGUAAAUGUUUGACUAUAACUCAGUAUAAUUACAAUACAACAUUGACCUGCAUAUAUUACAGGAGACCCAAAGUUUGGAAUGCAGUUUUAGUUUUGUGUGUGUAUAUAUCAAUGGAUUGAUGACUUGCACUGAAUGGUCUUUAUAUUCUGCUCAGCCACAAAUUAUCUGCAUUCCUGCCAGCAAGAAAUUGACGCUACACACUCGACUUGUUGAAUAUUUUAUAAAUAUGUAUGGGUGUGCAUUUUUCUAUAUGUUUGUGUGUGCACAUGUAUAACAUAUGUCACAUGUUUUCUAGAAUUAUAAACCAUCGAAUAAAUGUAAAUUUAAGUAA